AUGCCUUCCGAAAAACAGCGGUACGAACCGGUACCUCCGAUACCGACCUACGAUGAGGCCGUCGCCAGCGGCAGCAACAGCGACUGGCAGCAACGAGAUCUCGCCCCCUCCCCGAUCGACGAUUCCGGAGCCGGCGCAGUAGAGGGGCAAUCCCUCCUAAGGGGCUCCCGACAUGCACACAAUCCUACAGAUCCUGCCUCACAGCGUGGCAGCCGACCAGGUGGCUACCGAGCGCCAACUGUUGAAACCGACGACGAAGACAGCCUGUUCAGCUCCGAUGAUUCCGAUUCAGAUGAAGAGACCCGCCAAGUGCGCCGGGAAAUGCAAGAGCUGGAGAUUGACGACUCGGACGUGCGCGGGGGAAGCCGGCCGUCGUGGGGGAAGCGCAUAGGGCUCUCACUACCACAGUGGCGCUGGAGGUGGAAGUGGAAGUUACCAAGAUUACAUCGCCGAGCUGCAACGGCUGAGGAGAGCAAUACCGACCCCGAGGCGGCAAAUGCAGAGACAGAAACACCAGCCUCGCGCUUUGCGUUCCCCCAGUUUGGGAGCGCGGCGCUGCUGCUUCUGGUCGCCCGCAUCCUCGCCAUCUUCAUGCUCCUUGGGUUUCUCUACUUGAUAUUCGCCAGCGACAUGUUCACCAGCAUGGCCAGGAGAAUGGGAAGCACCGCGUUCCCGCCGGAGAGGAUCAGGCUGUACAUCGAGAAUUCCAUGAAUCCAGAUCAUCUUGCAGAGUACUCCAAGCGCUACACCAGCUAUGCGCAUUUGGCAGGGACUGAAGGAGAUUUUGCGCUCAUGGAGUACACCGAAGCCCAGUUCCGUCGGCAUGGAUUGGAAAAUGUUAGGCGAGACACGUACCAUGUUUACCUCAACUACCCCAAGGCUGGGGGCAGAGCAGUGGAGAUUCUGGGUGACGACGGUAAAGUCAAGUGGACGGCCAAGUUGGAGGAAGAUGAAGUCGGUGGUGAAACGACAGGCCGUCAAACAUACGCUUUCCAUGGACAUUCCAAGUCAGGGGAUGUCAAAGGGCCCCUGAUUUAUGCUCACUACGGCUCGAGGGAGGACUUCCAGACGCUAAAAGACAGAGGCAUCGACACGAAGGGUGCGAUUGCCUUGGUCAGAUACUAUGGCACCCAAACUGACAUGGCACUCAAGGUCAAGGCUGCUGAGCUCGCCGGAUUUGCAGGUUGUCUCAUCUACACAGAUCCAAAGGAUGCCGGGUACCUGAAGGGUCCGACAGCACCAUUGGGCCGUUGGAUGCCAGCUGAUGGUGUCCAGAGAGGCUCCGUCAGUCUGAUGAGUUGGGUAGUGGGUGAUGUGUUGACUCCCGGCUGGGGCAGUAAGAAAGACAAGCUUCGUGUCAAGGUUGACCAGGCCGAGGGUCUCGUCAAAAUCCCCAGUCUUCCCCUUGGCUGGCGCGAUGCCCAAAUUCUCCUUCAGCAUCUCAAGGGACAUGGGCAACAUAUUCCCGAUGGCUGGGCCGGCGGUGUCCCUUCCAUCGACGAGUGGUGGACCGGCAACCUUUCAUCACCCAUUGUCCGCCUCAAGAAUGAGCAAGAUGAAGUCGAGAAGCAAGCUAUCUGGAAUGUCUACGGCCGCAUCGGUGGCAUUGAGCAGGAUGAAAAGUCCAUCAUCAUCGGCAACCACCGCGACGCCUGGGCCUUUGGAGCUGCCGACCCCGCCUCUGGAACAGCCGUCAUGAUGGAAGUCAUCCGAGUAUUUGGCAGCCUCCUGGCGCAAGGCUGGCGCCCCUUGCGCACAAUCGAGUUCAUGUCCUGGGAUGCGGAAGAAUACAACCUCAUCGGCUCGACAGAAUACGUCGAGCAAAACGACGACUUCCUACGUGAGAACGCGCUAGCAUACAUCAACCUCGACACGGCCGUGACCGGGGGCGAGUUCCACGCCGCCGGCAACCCCGUCUUCAAGAAGCUCCUGCUUGAAGUCCUAGCCAGGACAACAGACGAACACUACCCCGACCCGAAAAACCAGUUCAAAUCCCUCCUCGACCUCUGGAACGAACGCUCGGCUGAUCUGGAAGGACUCGGCGCCGGCUCGGACUAUGUCGCCUUUCAGGACAUCGCCGGUACCGCCUCCAUCGACCUCCACUUUGAUGGACCUGGCUACCCGGCCCACUCGUCGUACGAGAGCCAUGACUGGAUGGCUGUUGAAGGGGACCCGUCUUGGGUCUACCACACUAUUCUUUGCCGCGUCGUCGGCCUUUUGGCAUUUGAGCUGUCUAACCGCCCAAUCAUGCCGUUUGACAUGCCCGCUUACGCGGAUAAGCUUUCGGAGUGGGUUGGUGAUUUGGAAACCUGGGCGAGAAACCAAACAGGUUACGACGAGAAGAUCUUCAAGGUCACGAAACUCAGAGACGCGGCCGAUGAAGUCGGGAUGGCGGUUAGGAGGUUUGUAAAGUGGGAGACGGAGUGGGAGAAUAAGGUUAUUGCGACGAAUGGGUACGAGACGAACGGGCUGGGGGAUAUGAGGGCCGAGUAUAAUGCUAGGAUGGGGAGGUUUGAUUCGGAUUUGUUGGAUAUUGAUGGGAUACCGGGAAGGAAACAGUUUAAACAUGUGGUUUUUGGGCCGCAGAGGUGGUCGAGUUAUGAUGAGGGGUAUUUCCCUGCUGUGAGGGACGCGAUUGAGGACGGGCAGUGGGAGGAGGCGAUGAGGAGGUUGGAGAAGGUGGCGGGGAUUAUGGUCAAGGCGGCGGAGAAUUUGGCUGCGAGGUGA